AUGGCGACCUGGGAACCCACGGCGGUGGCCGGCGCGGCCUCCACAGGUGGCCAUUGGUGGGGUCCCUUGGAUGGUCCGCCGCCGGCCGGGCGGCCGGCCGAGGCUGAACAGCUUCGUAGCCAGCUGAAAGAGGUGCGUCAACAGAUCGCUGCCAGGCAAAGACAGCUGGCCAUGCUGCCAGGUCAGGAGGAGGAUGGCUUCAUUCGAUGCCUGGGUCAGACAUGUUUCAAAGGCCAAGAUGGCGAGACGCUCCAGGUGGACCUCUCCGUCCAGCUGGCGCAGUGCAAAGACCACUGCCGCGCUGCGGGCCAUGGCGCCUUCGUCGUCACGGGGGACACGCUGCGAUUUUGCCCCCAGAAGGUCGGAGACUGCCGAGCCAACCUGGUGGACGAUCCCAUGUGCACGACCUACCUCAACUCCUCGCCCGAGGCGGCGCAACUCUGUUCCGGCCUCCGGCGCCUGGCGCUGUCGCGCUGUCAGCUGCUGCGCACGACCCGCCCCUCCGCGACGGCGUCUCCGGGGCCGGGGCCGCGGGCCUUGGAAGACGAGCUGCGGAGGAAGACGCAGCAGAGCUUGGAAUUACAUCGAAGCGUGCAGGCGCUAGAAGAAAAACUGCAGGGGCAGAUGGAGGCAAGUGACAAGCGCGUGGAGGAAAUCCUGGGUGCACUACGUGCGGUCAGCGCACAAAAAAAACAGCAAUCGGCUUGA